UUGCUUUCAUCAUUCGUUUCCAGCUUUGGCCGCUCCAUUUCUUCCCCUUUUUGAAUGUUUUAUAAUAUUCUCACCUUCCCCGCCCACCUUUUUCCUCACAAAACAACCUGUAGUUCUUCUCCUUCUCUUCAAUUCCUCUUGCUUUUCUAAGAUUCCUGAAUUUCUCUCUAUUCUGCGAUUUAUCGCAACAGAUAAGGAGUUCUGAAUUCGAUUUAUUACCUGUAAGUUGCAACAAUGGAUGAUGAUAAACAGCACCAGUCACAGCCGAUGUCCUCGCCGUCGCCGCCUGGAGAAGAGUCAGCGAAGAGACAAGAAGGAGUCAAUUCAGAAACUAAAUCAAAAUCUGCAGUUCGGUGCAAGAACACCUUCUUUGGCAGACAUAGAAUCUCAGCGGCCAUAACCAGACUCCAAAACGAAAUCAAUAUCAUCGAGGAAGAACUGCGACAGCUUGAGAGCAUAGGCGAAUCCUCCACCGUUUGCGAAGACCUCGUCUCCAGCGUCGUAGCGAUUCCAGAUCCUCUGCUUCCAGAAACAAUCGGUCCAACGGACGUCAACUGGGACCAGUGGUUCCGAGGAGCUCACGGCGGUCGCAACCACAGACGGUGGAUCUGAUUCCGAACACAGAGAGAGAUCCAUUUUUGGGAUCGCCGUUGAUUUACAGGGGUUUGAGAUCAACUAGUCCUGAUCGAUUGCAGCCAUAACCAGAAUGUGGAGAAGAAGAAGAGAAGAGAAGACUUGGAAAUUGAAACGACGACGUCGCAAUCGCACCGUGUGUAAAAGUUUUCGGGUACAUUUAG